GAAAACACAGAAAAAGGGUUAAAGAUCUCCGACCUCCAGGAUGCAGCUUGUCAGGUUCCUCUUGCUUGCGAUUGUUCUGGCGGUGGAGCUGAUUACGGAGGACGCUCAGUACAGAACAGUCGACUGCAGAGACAGCAGCUGCUGCUCGUUUAUACAGACCUUCCUAGUUAAACUGAGAAAGCUGCGCACAUUAUACGCCGAGAUAAGAAACUACUGUGGGCCGUUAGAUAUGUCCGGGCUGUAUAAUAAGCUCGCGCAGAUUUUUGCUGAAGAAUCAGAAAAUGAUCAAACUUUUCUGGGAUUUUCUGAUUCAGAUCUGAGUGACUGUGGAUUCCAGAAUUCAGAGUCAGACAGCGAGAAAAGCAUGGUUGCCUCUCCAAAGAAGGCGACUCAUGUGGGGUUUACUCUGAGAAUAGCGUUGCGACCCCGAUCUGUUCCUGACCCCAGUGAUGAGGAAGACUCCCAGGAGAAGAAGACUGUUAAGAAGAAACCUGUUAAAUCUAAAAAGACAAAAAAAAUGGAGAAGGAAGAUUCACCAAAGAAACUGCCUCCUCCUAACUCUGCCUCUGAUUCCGAGGAUGAUUCAUUUCUUGCCAAGAGGGCCUUGAACAUCAAAGCCAACAAAGCCAUGCUGGUUCAGCUGAUGGCAGAUCUACAGAAAAUGCCUGGAGGAUUACUGAAGAACUCUGCACCAGCUCGGAAAAAGGAGCCUCGCUCUGAACGUGUUCCUCGGUCUUCUGAGCCUCGUCGUAAUCCAGAACGUGAAUCUCGGAGACUAACUCGCUCGAUGGGAAAUAACGAAAUCGCUGCUGCUGAAUCCAACUGUGAGCUUGAGAUGAGUCUGGAGGAGGAACUGAUGAAGGUCCACAACAAACCGCGAAGACGUGAAUCCGUCCGACCCAGUCAAGGCAAGCCGCACACAAUCCGACCCGUGGAGGAGAUCACAGAGGAUGAGCUCCAGCUGGUGGCAUCAACCAUGACUGAGAAGAUUUAUAACCGAGCCACGGGCUCCACCUGUCACCAGUGUCGACAGAAAACUGUAGAUACGAAGACGUGCUGCCGUAAUGAAGACUGUCGUGGGAUACAAGGCCAGUUCUGUGGUCCGUGUCUUCGGAACCGAUACGGCGAAGACGUCAAAGUGGCCCUUCUGGAUCCGGGCUGGCAUUGUCCUCCGUGUCGUGGAAUCUGUAACUGCAGCUUUUGUCGUCAGCGUGACGGUCGCUGUCCGACAGGCAUUCUGUUCCCGCUGGCUCAGUACCACGGCUUUUCUGAUGUUCACUCUUACCUGUGCAGUCUUCGUAACAAAUUGAAAGAUGAGGAAGAAGACCUUUAACAGGAAGAACAACAUUUGGACAGAAGAUGUUUACAUGUUUAAAUUCAACGAUUUGUACAGAUUUUAAGGAUUUUUUUUUACUUUUAAUAAAAUAUAUUUUACAGUA